UUGGGUGGAGGUUCUUUCGGGGCGGCGAUUUCCUUUGGGUGCGCCUCCCGAAAUCCGGAGCGGGUCAAGGCCAUCUUCCCUUCAAACAUUGCGGGCGGCACCAUUUGCGAUGCCUAUCUGGCAGGGAAGCUGUUCCACAGCCUGGACAUGGCCAUGAACCAGGGGAUCGGGACAGUCAUUGACGCCUUCGACCCGGACGACCGGUUUUCGCCAUUCAGCCCGGAGCGGGCCCAACAUGAUUCCGAGUACCGGAGCAGCCUGGAAUCCAUGCGGCCCGAGGAAUUCUCCCAGGUCAUGCGGGACACUAUCUACGCCCUGUUUGACGGACCCUACGUCAGCCUGGGGAUGACCGCAGAAGCUCUCAAGGGAAUCCGAACACCCGCUAUCAUCAUGCCCGGGUCCAAUUACAUCCAUCCCCGGCCGUUGGCUGAGCGGGUCCACCGGUUGGUCCCCAACAGCCAAUGGGGGGAGACGCCGCCCCACGGUGAAGCUCCACAACAAUAUACGAAACGGGUUCUUAUAUUUGACGUUCUGGAGCCAGACGCCCCGGAGGAUAGCAUGCCCACCAACGCAAACAUCGGAAUUCUUGUGCCCGGCAGUUAUGAGGGCCCGCCGCCCAAGAUGGACGAAUUCGCCAGGUUCUUCCGCUCCGCCGAGGAGUUGGGGUUCGAGUCCGUCUGGGCCACCGACCGGAUUUUCCAUCGGAUCAAUAUCCUGGAUCCCUUUACGCUGCUGGCCUGCGCCGCGGCGUCAACCUCAACUAUCCGCCUGGGAACCGCCGUCAUUCUGUUCGCGCUCCGGCACCCGGCGCUGGUGGCCAAGACCACGGCGACACUGGACUACAUGUCCGGGGGACGCCUCACGCUGGGUAUAUCGCUGGGAGACGAGAUGAGAGUUCCAGUCUCUGGGCGUGGAUGUCGGCCAACGGGUCGGCCGGUUUAA